AUGGGAAACAGUUCAUCCUCUCCAUCGAGGCCCUCCGAGAGGAGUAGUCGUGGAGGUAAUAACGCGAGCCCCCUUCCGCGCGGCGGUGAGCGACAGCGCAACGGCGUAGAAAGGACCACCCGCAGCAACGCUGGCGGCGGCGGCAGCAGCAGCAGCAGCGCAGUCUUCGAUAGUGUCGGCAUCGACCAAGACGAUGCGCACGCGAGGGAUAACACGGACCGGCACGCGGAAAUCAGUAGGACCCAGCAGCAGGAGAUGUCGUGGUACCAGAUGGCGAAGGCGGGUUAUCAAGAGCUAGUGAACGCCAUCAUCCGACCCCCGAGAGCGAGAUACGAAGUCGAGGCGCUCGGCCCGGUGGAGUUCGAGUUCGUGGGGAAGGCGUUCAAGCGCCUGGACUUCAGGCUUCUCAACGAUCGAGGGCACGUGCUUGAGUGCAGUCACUGGCAGCCCAGCGGUUGGAGACGCGCGGAGCGGUUGCCUUGCGUAGUGUACAUGCACGGCAACUCCUCGGCUAGGGUGGAGGCUCUGCCUCAGCUGUCCCUGGCCCUCUCGCUAGGAGCCACGCUGGUGUCAUUCGACUUCGCCGGCAGCGGGAAGAGCGGCGGGGAGCACGUUAGCCUCGGGUAUUACGAGCGGGAUGACCUGAAGGCUGUUAUCGAGCACCUCCGGAAGUCUGGGCAGGUCUCGACCAUCGCCCUGUGGGGACGCUCGAUGGGCGCCGCCACCGCCCUCCUUCACGGCGACAGAGACCCUUCCAUCGCCGCCCUCGUCCUCGACAGCGCCUUCGCCGACCUGACGCAGCUGGCGGAGGAGAUGGUUGAGAGAGGCAGGCAGGCGGGCUUGACGGUCCCGGGCAUCGUGGUGAAGAUGGUAAUGAGAAUGAUUCGGGGGACCGUGGCGAAGACCGCCAACUUCAACGUGCGAGACCUGUGUCCGAUAAAGCACGCCAACCGGACCUUCAUCCCCGCGCUGUUUGUGGCUGGGCUUUCGGACGACUUCAUCAAGCCCCACCACAGCAAGCAGAUCUGCGAAGCGUACGCCGGGGACAAGAACUUCAUAACGGUCGACGGGGACCACAACUCCCCGAGGCCAGGCUUCCUCUUCGACUCGGUGUUCAUAUUCCUACAGAGAUACCUGCAGGUGCCCCCGGAGUGGGGCCUGGACAGAGAAAACACCGUCAUGGGCUUACCCCCCUGGCACUACGCCUCCGGCGGCAGCGGCAUGAGCGCCGCCGCCGCGGCCGCCAUGUUCGGGGCGGCGGCGUCCGGCGAAGGUAGCGGCGACUUGGACUACGCCGACUACGACUGGGAUGAGAUCGGGCCGGAGGAUAUCGGGGUCGACGGAGCCCCCUCCGUCGGCAUGACGCGGGCGAGGCAAGCGGAGUUCCAGACGGCCUUGUUUCAUAUGCUCGCACAGGAGCGCACCGACCAAGCUCCUGAAGAGACACCUGGCCCCGGCGGCGGCGAGCGAAGGUCGCCAGCGGUAGCAGCGGCUGGGGCGGCAGCGGCGGAGGCGGCAGCGGUGGAAGCAGCGGCGGAGGCGGCAGCGGUGGAAGCAGCGGCGGCGGCGGAAGCGGCGGGGGCGGCGGCGGCGGAAGCGGGGGUUUCGAUGACCGACUCGAGAAGUCAAUCCUCGAUUGCGUCACCCCUUGCCGUGUAUUCUUCUGGCGCGGUGGAUGUUAAAGGCGCCGGGGGGGAUAGUCGCGGUGAGAGCGGAGAAGAUGUCUUCGAGUUGCGGCAAUGCGAAUUGUUGCCGCAAAGAACGUUUAGAGAGGAAGAAUCGUUGACCGAGGAAGAAGAGCAGGGGGCAGAAGCCGUCGCGGCGGUGGCGGCGGCGCUGAGAGUAGGGGGGACGCCAGAAGCAGCGGCGGCAACAGGACAGCAGUGGCCACGGCCGUUUGCGGCGGCGACGACGACGAUGACCCCGACAACAUCGGCGUCAGGCUUCGCCACGCCGAGCUCAGGAGCGCGGCCGGCGAUGGCGCCCUUCUCCGUCAGCGACACGUCUGACUUUGAAGACCUCGUGAGCCCGGGCGGAGGCCUACCGCCGCGGCAGCAUCAGCAGCAGCAGCAGCCACUGUCGGGGAGAGCAAUGACCGCGGCAUUGUACCGAGGUGCGGCAGAUUCGGGCCUCGCGACGGAUUCGGUGGCGGAGGAGGAGGACGAUGAACAAGGCGGCGUGGAGGGUCUCGCCGAGUUCAUGGCGGCGAAGAGCGCCUCUGCCGGGGGCCCCGUGGAUUCGCCCGGGGACGGUUUCGCGACCCCGCUGUCUUCCGACUCCAACUGCGGUGGGGGGCGCGAAGACUUUUUUGACGCGGAAGGGUCUGGCGGUGCCAUCUCGGUCGGGAAGGGGACAACCGAGCGCGUCUUGGACUGGAACGCCAACGGCGGUUUGUCGGAGAACGGCGGCGCGGGGGGGCAUGGCGACCGGGAUGCAUUGUCUGGGGACGGGGCUGACUGGACAAGGGCCGCCGGGGUAGUUGGGCCUAUGUGCGGGGAAGGGGCUGCCGAGUACGAGUCUACCUCCGCGGAAAGCUUGAAGCGGGCGGACGACGGCGGUGGCUUGGUUGCGAAAUACACAGAUUUGGAGUGGAGCUGUUCGAAGUGUACACUCAAAAACAUCGCGGCCGCAAAAAUUUGCCUCGUGUGCGCAUCACCACGCGAGGACGAAUGACAACACCCGUUAUGUGGCAAUAGUGUUGAUGGUGGGGGAGAGGGGCGGACGCGAGGCGAUCCCUGUGUGUAUCAAGUAAUCACGACAAUUUUAACUGGCUACUGAGACGAGUGGUCUUUCUGCCUCUUGGCUGAUCAAGCGGUGUGUGUCCAAAUGCCGUGAGUAUUAUCGUGUGAGAACAACAAACAAGUCGUCCAGACACCGGGGGCGUUGUUAAUACUUUUUUUUUUUUCGGAAGGGGCGGGGGGGGGUGAGGGGGGNUUGUUAAUACUUUUUUUUUUUUCGGAAGGGGCGGGAGGAGAUGAGGGGGGGGCGGGGAGAGUCUGAGAGCAUCGAAACCGAGUGAUUCAAUGCCUUAGCAGUUUUUGUGUCUCCUCGUCAGUUGCCGACGGGUAUCCGCACGGUUUCUCUCGAGCCAAGCCAUGGCCCUCUGGAUCGGCUCAUUGUGGGCGUGGGAUUAGAUUGUUGUCACGGCGCAGUCAGCGCUACUUCUUCUUUGGCGUUGGAUUAUUUCCACGGCGUUGGCUGUCCAGCUGCUGUUCCCUGUUGUUCGCUCUCGUGUUGCGACGCGUUUGUCACAAGUACUAGUUUUCGACGCGCAAGAAUGAUGUUGUAGACGUUUCGUUGUUUUCUUUUGUCCCUAAUGCUGUUUCGUUUUUGUUGUCAGCCGAUUUCUUACGGUUGUGUUUGUUCCGUUCCCCCCACUUCCCUAUUUGUUUUAGAUACUGCUGUACAGUCAACCCCGCUUUAAGGACGCAAAUGGAUUUUCCUAAUAAAAGCGUCCUUAAAGCGGGGUUGCGUCCUUAAAAUUCAGGGGACGAUAGCUCACCAUCCCCGGGGCCGAUGGAGGCAUGCUAUACCUCAAACUACGCAGCUUGUGCUAGGGAAGGGGGUGGUACGAAAAGUCAGCACCGCCGAGGCGACUGGCAACCGUUUGUUGACGUCGAACAUAUGUAUAAUACUUGAAAUGAGAUGUACAGCAGUCAGGGACGCGUUGAAAACAACUACAGUACAUCAGCAGUUUGUACUUGGCCAACUAAUGUACUGCGUAGCCGGCAGCGGAAGGAGGAAAGUCCACGUAGACAUAUA